AACUUUCUUUGAAAAAAAAAAAUGACAUUAUUAACAUGCAUCCUGAACCUGCAUCAGAUCCCGGGACGGGACUUGCCGCCUCAUCUCCUUCUUACCAUGCUUCUCCUGCUCACCCAAGCGGGGUCGGGGGGCUGUCAUCCUCAGUGUUUGGAUUACAAGCCACCGUUUGAACCCCAGAGGCCAUUGCUCUUCUGCAAAGAGUAUGCCAAAUUUGGAUGCUGUGACGACGAAAAGGAUCAUCAGCUGUCGGCAAAGUUUUACUCCAUCAUGGAACACUUUGAUCAUUCUGGUUACGUCACCUGUGGAAGGUACAUACGAAGCAUCCUCUGCCAGGAGUGUUCCCCAUAUGCCGCCCACCUGUAUGAUGCAGAGGAUGCAAACACACCCAUGCGCAUUUUGCCCGGACUGUGUGGCAACUAUUGCAACGACUACUGGAACCAGUGUAGAUACACAUUAAGUCUCCUCCUGGAGGACCAGGGCAGCCCAGGACAGUAUGCAAAUCUGACCGCCACACUAGAGGAAGAUCACAGACUCUUCUGUGAAUUUCUGGAGCUAAAGGACAAACAGUACUGCUACCCUAAUGUUUUGACAAAUGCAGAACUAAAUGCUAAUCUGGGUUCUGUUCGAGAGGACACCGAGGGCUGUCUAGAGAUCUGCUUGCAGGAAGUUGCAAACGGGCUCCGGAACCCGGUGGCUAUGAUCCACGCGGAUGACGGAACGCAUCGUUUCUUCGUGGCCGAGCAGCUGGGCUACGUGUGGGUCUAUCUGCCGAACGGCUCCAGGAUCGAUCGUCCGUUCCUCAACCUCACUCGGGCUGUGCUGACAUCACCUUGGGCUGGAGAUGAGAGAGGAUUCCUGUGCAUAGCCCUGCAUCCAAGGUUCACCAUAGUUAGAAAAGCUUAUGUUUACUACUCGGUGUCUGUCAAGAGGUCGGAGAGGAUACGUAUCAGCGAGUUCACACUGUCGGCACAUGACGACAACCAACUUGACCAUAACUCAGAGAGAACCAUCCUGGAGCUGGUAGAACCAGCGUCCAAUCAUAAUGGGGGGCAGCUUUUGUUUGGCCAUGACGGAUAUUUGUACAUCUUCAUUGGAGAUGGUGGCCGAGCUGGGGACCCCUUUGGAAAGUUUGGCAACUCGCAGAACAAGUCAACCCUCCUUGGCAAGGUGCUACGUGUUGAUAUUAACGACAAUGAUGAUGGUGCACCAUACAGCGUCCCUUCAGACAACCCAUUUCUGGGAGAGAAGGGGAGCCUCCCAGAGAUUUAUGCUUAUGGCGUGCGCAACAUGUGGCGUUGCUCUAUUGACCGCGGAGACCCGAAAACAGGCUUUGGCCGAGGCAGGAUGUUUUGUGGCGAUGUCGGCCAGAACAAAUAUGAAGAAAUCGACCUCAUUCUCAAAGGAGGCAAUUAUGGAUGGAGGGCAAAAGAAGGCUUCAGCUGCUACGAUCGCAAACUCUGUCGUAACUCAUCGCUAGAUGACAUCUUGCCCAUCUUUGCCUACCCCCAUAAAUUGGGCAAAUCAGUGACGGGGGGUUACAUCUACAGAGGUUGCCAGAUGCCCAACCUGAAUGGACUCUACAUCUUUGGAGACUUCAUGAGCGGGCGCCUGAUGUCCUUGAAGGAGAAUGUGAUGACAGGUGAAUGGCAGUACAAUGAAAUUUGUAUGGGAAGAGACCAGACCUGCAGAUUCCCCAAACUCAUCAACAGCUACUAUAAAUACAUCAUUUCAUUUGCAGAGGAUGAGGCAGGUAAGGACUCCUCCUGUCAGAUACCAUGAGGAUGUACAUAAAUUAGUUUCAGGUUAAUUGUGGAGUGCGGGUCUACUCAAGAUUAUAAAAUGAAGAAGAAUUGUAAUUAUUCCUCAGCCCUACAAAGCAAUGACAUUUGGCCCGAU